UUAAGUGAUUGUGAGAGAGUGAUAUGCAAUGUAAUGUCAUUCUCAGUAAAAGUAGUAGCUCAUUACACAAUUAACACACACUGCGUGAACAAACAAUUCCAAAAUAUUUUAUUGUGAAUCAGGUUAAAUUCGAAGAACCUUCGCACAGCAACAAUUUCGUAAUUAACAAGAUUUCUGGAACCACAGAAAUUGAUUAUAGAAAAAUGUGAGGUUAUAAUAUCGGCGAAAUUUUGUAGGGCGUAUUGUUAAAACAGAGUGAACAGGACAGAAAGAGAGAAAAAAAAUGUGUGUGUUGUCAGUGUUGUAUCUGUCAAGUUUGUGCUGAUGUUUGGUUUUCUUUUGAUUUCCUUGUCGACUAAAAAAAUGUUUCAAAUUUUCGGUGUAAUUUAAAUAAAAAGUCGAAAAAAAACUGUGUGAUAAAUAAACGGCUGUAGGAAGUGUAGCAAUUGAUUAAUUUGUCAUCUUAGAGCUUAAUACGGGGAUUAACUUUGUAGCCGAUGAGAAUGGAAGAAAGCAAUCAUACCACCAGCACAAUCAGCCGGAGCAACAGCCGGACCAGUUCAAAUUCGGAAUUGGAACGGGAAAUCGCUGAUCUAGAUAUUAACGCACUUAAGAAUAAUUCAAUUAAAAAGAGAGUAUCAAGCAGCCGCACACCGACUAGGAAAGCAAAACGAGUCCGCUUCUAUCGAAAUGGAGAUCGAUUUUAUUCGGGCAUCGUGAUAGCUGUUUCAAAUGAACGAUACAGAUCUUUCGAAAGUCUUACCGAAGAUUUGACCAGAAUCCUAGAAGAUCGUGUUCCAGCAGCCGUAAGACACAUUUACACAAUAUCAGGGAAAAAAAUUACGACUUUAGAUGAAAUUGUCGAUGGUACAAAUUAUGUUUGUCUGUGCAAUAACGAAACAUUUAAGAAAAUUGAAUACAAUUCAACGCCGCUUGCGAAUGUUAAAUCGAAUAAUCGAUUGUCAAAAGUCUUUCGUCCAUCGUCUCCGCUGAAAAACGGCAUUAACGGGUCACCAAUCAUAAAAUAUAGCGAAAACAGUGUCGUCCACCCGCGAAUAGUUACGCUGAUUCGUAACGGUACUAAACCCCGCAAAAUCCAUCGAUUGCUACUGAAUAAGCGCAACAGUCCCAGUUUCGAUCACGUUCUGACCGCAAUCACACAAUGCGUUAAACUGGAUACCGGCUGUGUACGAAAAGUUUAUUCGUUGUGUGGUACUCCGGUUUUGUCGCUGGAACAGUUUUUCGGUCAGGAUGAAGUGUUUUUCGCAUAUGGAAAUGAGAGAGUCGGUCAGGAUGACUUUAAAUUGGAACCGGAGGAAUCGAAGGCGGUACAACAGACGCGGAAAACGCUGAGGAAUGGAACGGCGAGCAAUGGACCAAAACCAAAAAUGCCGGUCAAGAAUUCGGUGAACCUACACAAUGUUACCUAUGAGUUGGACGAAAAGUUCUUGGAAAGUGGAAUCGAUCCGACCGACGUACCAGAAUAUAUUUUGAACAAUUACGCGCUGGGAGAAGUUAUCGGAAAUGGAAAUUUCGCUGCCGUACUUAAAAUGAAGGACAAGGCAACGAAUAAAGAUUUUGCCCUGAAAAUAAUUGACAAAUCAAUGUGCAAAGGAAAGGAACAUUACAUUGAUGCUGAAGUUAGAGUCAUGAAAAAAUUGAACCAUCCUCACAUCAUGUCACUCUAUAAGGACAUCGACACCGUUAAUAACAUGUAUCUGAUACUGGAGUACGUCAGCGGCGGCGAUUUAUUCGAUGUCAUCACAAAGCUUACACGCUUCUCCGAGGCACAAGCCAGAAUUAUGAUUAGACAUUUAGCAUCGGCUAUGGCUUACAUACAUUCCCUGGGAAUAGUUCAUCGUGAUGUCAAACCGGAAAAUUUGCUUGUAGAAAUGGGUCCAAAUGGUACAUUCACCGAACUGAAACUAGCUGACUUUGGACUAGCGUGCGAAGUUGUGGAACCGUUGUUUGCGGUAUGUGGUACUCCCACCUAUGUGGCGCCAGAAAUUCUCAUGGAAACGGGUUAUGGCUUGAAGAUUGACGUUUGGGCGGCCGGUAUUAUUCUAUACAUUAUGCUGUGUGGCUUUCCACCGUUUGUGUCCUAUGACAAUCAACAAGAACCGUUGUUUGAUGCAAUAUUAUCGGGUGUCUACGAAUUUCCCGAACCAUACUGGAAUGACAUUGGCGAAGGUGUACGUGAUUUAAUAUCAAACAUGCUGCAGUCGGAUCCGAAUCUACGAUUCUCGGCCGAAGAUGUUUUAGACCAUCCAUGGACAAUAAUCGACGAAGAAUGUUUUGCCGAUGUGGGACAGUAUUGAAAAGUUCUCAAAUUUUGUAAGCGGAAAAAAACUAAAAUUUUCUUUCCGAAAUUCGUCUAAAUUUAUCAGAAAAAAAAUCGGAUUUUCAUUUUCAUUUCAAUUUUACUGUCAACUUGUUAUUGUUUAUUCAGCUUUGAAAUGUGUCCUAUGAGUUAGUGUGUAAAUAACAACGAAUUUAGUGUAACAGAUCAAGUGUGCAACUACGAUUCGGGAAACUUGACAAAACUAAAGAAAAUAAAAUGGGAAAGCGAAACGAUGUUCUCGAUAUGAAUGGUGGACUCGUAUUGAAUUUUUGUUGGUAAUGUUUCUCUUUAAUUUCGUUUCUUUUUGAAUGUAAAUUAUGUAAUUUGAGUAUUUAUUCUAUAAUUAAGUAUUUUGCAUUGGGCACACACACAAUUAUCUUUUUUUUCUCGAUAAUUUGUAAGUUAUUUUGUUGAUUAUUUAAAUAUUUUGUGUUUUAAAUACGAGAUUGAAACCGAUACAUCGAUCGGAUACGAAAUGUACGAAUGUGAAAGAAUAAGAACAAAACAAAAAAAAACAGAAAAUAUUUAACCCAAAUAUAUCCUAAAAAUAAUGAAUAAAAAUGGAAAAAAGAAAACAAAAUUUGGUUAAAACCUUAUCAUUGAUCAAUUAUUGAAAGCAACAUCAUCAUCAUCAUCUACCUUA